UGAAAAAUCACAUUUCUGAAUCUAACAUUCUCUUCUCUCAAAAUUUUCGAUUUGAUAUUCAGAAUGCCGCCUUCUUCUGAUUACUGCCAUUGCAGAUGCGGAACUCGAGUUGCAUUCCUCAAAGAUUACAUUUCAACGAAUGAUGAGCUAAACUUCGAGAACAAAGGGAUCUUUACUGAUAUGUUUAAUGUUGAAGUACCAGAGAAUGAUGAGUCAUAUCAUCAAGUAGUAGAUGGCAAAACCCUAGUCGAUACUUUCUGUUGCAACUGUAGGAACCGGCUCGGGAGGAAAUUUAUUGCAGUUCCACAAGGCUGUCGUUUUGAACAAGGACAAUUCUUGGUGAUAUUGAAUAAGCUUAGUUACACUAAUGGCCACGACUUAGAUCCUUAUGAGGAAGAUCUUGAUCAAGAUGGAGAGGUAAAUGUUGAUCAAGCUGGAGGCCCUAAUGAUGAUAAUCAAGAUGGAGGCCCUAAUGUUGAUAAUCAAGAUGGAGGCCGUAAUGAUGAUAAUCAAGACGAAGGCGCUAAUGAGGAAAAUGCAGCUGAUAAUCAACUCUUAGUUCCUAAUAAUGGGCAUAUUGGUCGAAAUGGAAACAUUUGAACCAAUUACUGAUGAAAAUGCAGGGAUGAAUAGCUUGAUGAUUUACGAAAAUAUACACUUGCACUGAGUGCAGUCACUAGAUCAGUUCAUAACUAUGUGAUAUUCAGCUUUCUGUUUUGGUUUUGGGAUUACAGUAGUACAUAUUAUUACUACUUCGAAAAGCAAUUGAGACUCUUAACAUUUUACAUAUUAGAGCUCAGGUACUUCCAUUCUGUAUAUGCUGCUGCUUAGUUUGUCUUUAAU